AUGAUGUCUCAAGAGAAGCCUCACAGUGGCACGAGUACGAGUACGACCAUCAACAAGGCCAAAGACGACAAGGACAAGGAUGACAUUGUCUACCCUACUGGCCUCAAGCUUUUUCUGCUGAUAAUCUCCAUUUUCAUUGGGAUGUUUCUGGUUUCCCUGGACCGGCUCAUCAUCUCGACUGCGAUCCCCCAAAUCACCGACGAGUUUCAUUCAGCAGGCGAUAUUGGCUGGUAUGGCACGGCAUAUCUGCUCACCAACUGUGCUUUCCAGCUGUUGUUUGGGAAGAUAUACACCAUCUUCAGCAUCAAGGCCACUUUCAUGACGUCCAUUGUCCUGUUCGAGGUCGGUUCGGCCCUCUGUGGCGCGGCUCCCAACUCGAUCGGGUUCAUUCUCGGCAGAGCCAUCGCUGGCCUGGGCGCUGGAGGCAUUCUCUCGGGUGUCAUGACCAUCGUUGUGUUUGCACUUCCGCUGCACAAGCGGCCCAAGUAUCAGGGGUUUUUUGGGGCUGUGUUUGGGGUUGCUUCGGUGACUGGCCCGCUGGUUGGCGGCGCCUUCACCACCAACGUCACCUGGAGAUGGUGCUUUUACAUCAAUCUUCCCCUGGGAGGAGUGGUAAUGAUGGUCGUUCUUCUUCUGCUCCAAGUCCCCAGCCGUCCGAAUACCCAGAAGCCGUUGAAGGAGAAGCUGCGUCAGCUGAAUGGUCUGGGCCUGCUUGCCAUCCUUCCUGGCAUCGUGUGUCUUUGCUUGGCUCUGCAGUGGGGUGGUACCAAGUACGCGUGGAGCGAGGGUCGAAUCGUCGCGUUGCUGGUGCUGGCCUUUAUGCUUCUGAUCGCGUUCGUCUUGAUCCAGGUGUGGAAGCCAGAGCAGGCGACGCUUCCACCACGCAUCUUUCUCCAACGGAGCAUCGCCUCCGGCUUUUGGGCGAGCUGCUGUCUCGGCGCACAUACGAUCUUGUUCGUGUACUAUCUUCCCAUCUGGUUCCAGGUUAUUGAUGGCGUCUCGGCCGUCGACAGCGGCAUCCACCUCCUUCCUAUGGUCCUCCCGCUGGUUGUAGCGUCCAUUCUCACUGGCCAGCUGAUCUCGCGUAUCGGCUACUACACGCCCUUUCUGAUGCUCGGGGUCUGCCUCUCCUCAAUCGGCGCCGGUCUGCUUACCACUCUGGGGGUGGACACAUCAAAGGGCAAGUGGAUCGGCUUCCAGGUCCUGUACGGCUUCGGCCUCGGCACCUGCAACCAGAUACCGAACAUGGCGGCACAGACAGUGCUCCCACGCGAGCAGGUGGCCGUCGGCGCAUCGCUCAUGUUCUUUGGCCAGCAGCUCUUUGGCGCUGUCUUUACGUCGGUCGGUCAGAACGUGCUCAGCAACCAGCUGGCCAAGCGUCUCGCAGGACUUCCCGGUAUCAGUCCGCAAAUCAUCCAGAACUCGGGUGCGACCCAGCUUCUCGAUCACGUCCCCGUCGAGGACCGCGCUGCUUCGCUGGUGGCAUAUAACGACUCGCUGCGGGUGUGCUUCCAGGUUGGUCUCGUCAUGGCCUGCCUCGCCAUCGUGGGCGGGGUGGCGAUGGAAUGGCGCACCGUCAAAAAGAAGCAGCCGCCCUCGAAGCCUGCGUCUGACGGACAGGCUGCUGAGGAGGGCAGGGACCAGAAUGAUUUGACGGAGAUUAAAGUAGUGGAGGAGGCGCAGGAUGACCAGAGCUGCGACAAGUCGAUGGUGGGCAAUGGGGCCAUGCGCACGGCUUCACGAUCCGAGCCAAAGCCGAGCGGAAGAAAUUAG